AUGGCGGAGCAAAGCGUCAACGUGCCCCAAGUGCUCAUUUUCGUCGUCGUCAUCUUCCUCGUUUCACGGUGGUACCUCAGCAAGUCGGGAGAUGCAGCGCCAGGCACGCGGGCAGCGGCGAACCGCGCUACAGUCCGUGUGAAUCCCGCGCACAUUGACCAGGUAGCCGAGAUGCUGCCACAGCUGAGUAGGAGAGAUAUCGCAUGGGAUUUACAGAGGAACGGGGGAAAUGUGGCUGCAACAACGGAGCGGGCGUUGAGUGGGAGGGGUUUGGACACUGCACCACCGUCUUUCCAAAUAGCGGCCCCUGCCGCACCACGAGCCCCUCCCGCAUCUGCACGAGCCGCUGCACCAGCGAAACCCGCUCACCCUGACCUGAUAACCCGCUACAACCUAUCCUCUAAGAUCAGCCAGACAGAGCAGUCAGCCCAGGAAGGCCAACCGAAGACCAAGUCAUGGAGCGCCGAUAAGAAUGAGAGGCAAGCAAACUUGCAAAGACGACGAGAAGAGAUGAUUCUGGCAGCACGGAGAAAGCUCGAAGAGCAGGAGAAGGCGAAAGCCUCCAGCCCCACUGCAUAA